CCUUGCUUAUAUGAUUCAGUGAUACUAUAGCUGUUCUGUCGUUUGGUCAUACUCGCUUAGUUUGCUUUUUCUAUUCUUAUAUUAAAUUUUUGUCCUGUCAACAUUUAUUUCUUAUUUAUAUUGAAUUUGAUAUAUUUAAUCAUAAGGAAUUAAAGUUUUUUUUUUAUUUCAUUUUUUAUACGUAUUAAGUCGAAAAUAUGCCGGUGUUUCACACAAAGACUAUAGAAAGUAUUCUUGAACCUGUCGCACAGCAGGUUUCAAGACUUGUCAUUUUACACGAAGAAGCUGAAGAUGGAAAUGCAAUGCCAGAUUUGGGAAAGCCUGUACAAGCAGUUAGUAUGGCGGUGACUAAUUUGAUAAAAGUUGGCAAAGAAACAAUAAAUUCUUCAGAUGAUGCUUUGCUCAAGCAAGAUAUGCCUGCAGCAUUGCAACGUGUUGAGGGUGCUUCACGUCUUUUAGAGGAAGCAUCUGCAAUGUUAAAACAAGAUCCUUAUUCUGGACCUGCCAGAAAGAAACUUAUAGAAGGUUCCCGUGGUAUCCUGCAAGGAACUAGUUCUUUACUGUUAUGUUUUGAUGAAAGUGAAGUACGAAAAAUAAUUAGAGAAUGUAAACGCGUUUUGGAUUAUUUAGCUGUUACUGAAGUCAUUGAAACAAUGGAAGAUUUAGUUCACUUCCUUAAAAAUUUAAGUCCAUGUUUAAGUAAAGUAUCAAGAGAAGUAAGUGCUCGUGAAAAAGAAUUAACUCAUCAAGUUCAUAGAGAAAUCCUCAUACGAUGUUUAGAGCAGGUGAAAACUUUGGCACCAAUCCUCAUUUGUUCUAUGAAAAUUUUUAUUCACAUUAUAUCUCAAGGUGGAAAAGGAGCUGAAGAGGCAGCUGAAAAUCGUAAUUAUUUAAGUGGACGAAUGUCUGAUGAACUGAAUGAAAUAAUAAGAGUUUUACAAUUAACAACAUAUGAUGAAGAGGAAUGGGAUGCUGAUCAAUUAACAGUAUUAAAAAAAGCACAAAGUGCCAUAGAAUCUAGAAUACGUGCUGCAUACGAUUGGUUGGAUGAUGGGCUCGCUUUACGUGGAGGUGUAGGAGAAAAAAGUCUUCGACAAAUAGUGGAGCAAGCAUCGCGGUUGGCUGAACGAUAUCUUUCUUCUUCUCAAGCAGAACCACUGUCGAAAUUAGCUUCACAAAUAAUUACUAUGACAGAUGCUUUAUGCGAACUGCGUCAAAAUGAAAAAGGAACUACACCACAAGCAGAAGCUCUAGCGCGUAGUAUAAAAGAAAAAUUAAAUGAAUUACGCAGUUCCGUAGCAUCUGCCCUAGUAGCUGCUGAUAAGUCAGGAACAGCUCAAACUGCACAUACCGUUGCUGGUCGUUUGGAACAAGCUAAUAAAUGGCUCUUAAAUCCACAACAAGAUGAUAAAGGACUUGGUCAAAAGGCUAUAGCUUUGAUAAUACAUGAAGGAAAAAAGGUUGCUGAAGGUUUACCUGGUAUACAUAAAGUAGAAAUUCUACAAUUGUGUGAUGAAGUUGAUAAUUUAUCUCAUCAACUUGGAGAUUUAUGUGCUCAUGGUCAAGGAAAUACGCCAAGAGCUCAAGAAAUCGCACGUCAACUAUCACAUAAAUUGUACGAGCUAAAGAAUAGGAUACAACAGGCUGUUGUGUCACGGGUAGUUGAAGAUUUCAUUGAUAUUACGACACCUUUAAAACAAUUUACGGAUGCUGUCUUGGCACCAGAAGGUACACCUGGAAGAGAUCAAAAUUUCAAUGAUAAAACUCAUGCUCUUCAAACAUUUUCUAAUAGAGCAGCAAAAACGGCUAGAAUGGUUGCAGCUGGUGGAAGCGGAGGUAAUAAAAAACUGGCUGAAGCAUUAGCUGCAAGUGCUUCACAAGUUGAAUCAUUAACACCUCAAUUGGUUAAUGCUGGCCGAAUUCGUAUGACAUAUCCGGACAGUAAAGCAGCCGAUGAACAUUUUGAAAAUCUUAGACAACAAUAUGCCGAGACUAUGCAGCGAGCAAGAGCAUUGUGCGAUGAAGCAACUGAUAGUGGCGAUUUUAUCAGAACUUCAGAAGAACAAAUGCAAAAACAUACAUAUCUUUGCGAAGAAGCUAUUGCAAAAUCUUAUCCACAGAAAAUGGUUGACAAUACAGCUGCUAUUGCAAGGUUGGCUGAUAGGGUAAUACUCGUGGCUAAACAAGAAAGUGAUAAUAGCGAAGAUCCUGCUUUCAUUCAAAGAGUUAAUCAAGCAACUGAUACUUUACAAAAUAGUAUUGCCCCAAUGAUCCAGAAUGCAAAAUAUGUUACUAUCAAUACUAAUGAUAACACUGCAGCAUAUCAUUGGAGAGAAAGUAACCGUGCUCUUUUAUCCAAUGUCGGACAAGUACAUAAGGCUAUUGUAGUACAUCCUGAUAUGGUUCAACCACCAUCAAUGUCGCAAUUGCAUAUCACCGAUGAGGAACAAAUGCCAAGUCAACAAUAUAAUUACUUCACAGAUAAAGUUGGUCAGCCUUUGAGAAAUCAACCCUCACCCAGCAAUUUACGCGUGAUCAGCCCUACACUAGGUUCAAAUAAACCGCAACAUCGUUCUCUUAGUCCAUUACCAAAAUGGGCACGUGGAGGAGAUAACCCAGAUCUCCUCUAUCAAGAACUGGCUUCUGACAACGAGUUGGAAAAGUCAAUUUGUGCUGGAGAAGUAGCACCACCACGUCCACCUUUACCUGGUGGUGAUAUUCCACCACCAAGACCUCCACCUCCAGAAACGGAUGACGAAGAUGAAAUGUUCAUGCAUGCACCUCAACCAAAUCAACCAAUAAUGAUGGCUGCACAUGGUUUGCAUCAAGAAGUACGGCAGUGGUCAAGCAAAGAUAAUGAAAUUAUUGCAGCAGCUAAAAAAAUGGCUGUCUUGAUGGGUAAAUUAUCUGGUUUAGUUAGAGGAGAAGGUGGAAAUAAAAGAGAUCUUAUAGCUUGUGCUAAAGCUAUAGCCGAAGCUUCUCAGGAAGUAACACGUCUUGCAAAAGAACUUGCUAGAGAAUGUACUGAUAAACGUAUUCGUACGAAUUUACUUCAAGUUUGUGAACGUAUACCAACUAUUGGAACACAAUUGAAAAUUUUGUCUACAGUAAAAGCUACAAUGCUUGGAGCACAAGGUACGGAAGAAGAUCAGGAAGCAACUGAUAUGCUUGUUGGAAAUGCUCAAAAUCUUAUGCAAAGUGUGAAAGAAACUGUACGUGCUGCAGAAUGUGCAAGUAUAAAGAUUCGUACUGCUUCUGGUAUGAAAUUACGUUGGGUACGUCGUCAACCAUGGUACCAAUAUUAAAAUGAAAGUAUAUACAUAAGUACAAGACCAGAAACAAAAGUGCUAUGAAGGUUUUUAUAUCGAAUUUAACAAUUUUUUUUUAACAAAAAUAUUACAUUAUUUAAAUAGACUUCUUUUUAUAUGAUACUACAUGCUUGAUAGAAAAAAAAUAUUUUAGUAUUAAAAUUUUUUUAAUAUCUACAUUAGUUAUUUGUUCCUGGGGGACGAAUAUUUUAUUAUAGAAUUUCACGUCACGAUUUUUACUGAAAAAAAAAA